AUGUCGUACGACUAUCUCUUUAAGUACAUCAUCAUCGGCGACACAGGUGUAGGGAAAUCUUGCCUGCUCCUUCAGUUCACCGACAAGAGGUUUCAACCUGUUCAUGAUCUCACCAUUGGUGUUGAGUUUGGUGCGCGUAUGCUCACCAUUGAUUCACGGCCUAUUAAGCUUCAGAUAUGGGAUACUGCUGGGCAAGAAUCUUUUAGAUCCAUCACUAGAUCUUACUACAGAGGAGCAGCAGGGGCACUUCUAGUUUAUGACAUUACAAGGAGAGAAACCUUUAAUCAUUUAGCAAGUUGGCUAGAAGAUGCGCGGCAGCAUGCCAAUCCUAACAUGACAAUCACACUCAUAGGGAACAAGGGUGAUCUGUCUCACCGAAGGGCAGUCAGCAAAGAGGAGGGAGAGCAAUUUGCAAAGGAAAAUGGACUUUUAUUCAUGGAAGCUUCCGCCAAGACAGCACAAAAUGUAGAAGAGGCUUUCAUAAAGACUGCUGCAAAGAUUCUUCAGAACAUCCAGGAUGGUGUUUUUGAUGUGUCCAAUGAGACAUGUGGUAUAAAAAUCGGCUAUGGACGUCCACAAGGCCAAGCAGGAGGCAGAGAUGGAGCUGUUGCUGCAGGAGGUGGAUGUUGCAGCUGA